GCCAACCCCGCCUUUCAGCAAUCACGUAUAGCGCGUACAGACCAACCUGCAAAUCGGACGAACUGAUGACUAGGUUUUCGAAAGGACACCGAGGCGACGUCUUUUACAUAUUUUCUAGACUUCCGAUGCUCAUAUUGAAGAGUCAAGAUGCGGAAAUCCGCGACCUCCUGAGUUGGAUUCCAGAGCUGGCUGAAAAGGUUGUUUGCGCGGACAUUCACGCCAUAUUGAGUAACAUCAAAGCGCUUGCCGGACAGGUUGUCUGCUACAGUGCCGACUUCAAACAUGCAGAUGGGAGAUCGAACCUGAUGGUAUUACCUGGCUCUUUGCUGCCUCGAGAAAGUCAAAACUUGGUCGAUCUAUGGUAUAGCAAUGAGCAAGUGGCAGUUAUCCUACGUGAAUGGGCGGAAGAAAAAAAGGUUUCGCAUUCAACGUACAAAACUGUCCGGGCCAACAAUCAUCUGGCUCCUUGCUGGUGGGCUAUCAAAUCAGGACGACAGGAUCACCAUUUUCACUGUUUUACGAAGGCCAAAGCUUGGAAGCCGCGAAAUAAUUGGCGAAAACACGCUAUCUCCUAUUCAGCCAGAGUCGCCAUGCGUAGGGAUAGUUGAGAGACCCAUAGUUGAGAAACCCAUCCAUGAAGCACACUACGUGCCAUCCUGGUUUACAUGCCACGUGGGAGACAUCAUCAUACUUGAGGGAGGGGAGCGACUACGUGUUCGGGCUCGAAAGGAAGGUGAAAUGGAGCCUCGCGAUAUUUGCGUGUUAGCCACCAUACACAAGACGACACUGAAGGAGAGUGCUUCUGAAACUUCUGUAGGAUGAAACAAAACUGCUAGUAGAAUACUAUCUCUGUCUGACUUG